GCGGGGGAUCAGAAAGAAAAUGAGUCAACGCUGGGAAAGGAGGGAGCACUUUAAGAGACUGGCUAUGGACAGUGGGCUACCGGAAUACAUGGACGCCAACAAAUGCAUCGACGAGCUGCUCAGACAACUGGAGGAGGAGCGCCGCAACGUCCGCCGGGAGAAGCUGGCCCUGGCUCGACUACAGAGGGAAGUGGCAAGGAGCAAGAGCGAAGACACAAUGCGUGAAAAGCUGAUCCACGAGCUAGAGGAAGAGCGCCGCCUGCGUCUGGAAAGUGAAAAACGUGUGCGGGAGGUGACCGAGGAGUAGCAAGGACGGGCCCACAUGGUGUCACUGCAGCAGCAAUUCUCCAGGAUGGAAGAGACGGUGCGCACCCUGCUGCAGAACCAGGGCCUGGAGCAGACUGCCGUGGACACUGUGGACCUCAUGAAAGCCUACAAGGAUAAGCUGUCGGAGGAGGUGAAGAAGCAACAUGGCGGCGAAGAAGAAGAAGAGGAAGAGGAGGGGAGGAGUGGCACGGCGACAGAUCUGGUGGUGUCCACGAGUGAAGAUGCCGAGAUGAACUUCGGGGAGGACAAGACCAAACUGCUGCUGGAGAGGCUGAAGAGCUUGGAGGAGCAGAAUUCAGCGCUGGCCAUGGAGAACGAGAACCAGAGGGAGCAAUACGAAAGGUGUCUGGAUGAGGUGGCCAAUCAAGUGGUCCAGGCGCUGCUCACUCAGAAGGAUCUUCGUGAGGAGUGCGUGAAACUGCGCACUCGUGUUUUCGACCUGGAGCAGCAGAAUCGGGCUCUCAGCGUUUUGUUCCAACAGAAAAUCAAACCCGCGUCUGACCUCCUUCUCCAGAAACUCCACUCCAGGAUCAUGGACCUAUCCGCGGCCGACCUCCUCCUGGAACCCGACCGGAGCAAGACGUCUCUCCAUCCGCCGCCCACAGAUAUCCCAUUGAAUGGAAAGGCCGGUGGAUUUCCUGUGUCCAAAUGCGUGAGCCAGCUGAGCCUGACUGCUCCAGAGCGCCCCCUGUACCCUCGCAGCAGCUGUAGCAGCAGUGAGAUCUCCCUGUCCAGCGCCUGCAGUGACUUCUCCAGCGGAUCAUACACCUGGAACGACGGAAGGUCCAUGGGCAAAAUGUCUUCGCUGACCUGGGAGAAGAGGCUGAGUUUGGGCUCCUCCGCCCCGAGCAACAUCCACAACCCCCCCGAGGAGCAGAUCCCGACCCGACGCAAGGAGUGCCGCAUCCUGGAGGGCCUCCGCAAACUUCAGCGGAGGAAGCACAGGAGCGCUUCUGCCUCGCGGGUCACCAAAUCCUGCAGGGAAAAGGACUGCAUGAACUCCAAUGAGGGCAUCUACUCCCUGGGCUUCAAGGGUGCGGCUAAAGAUGUCCCCAAGUCUGGACAUGUUAGCCGGGCAGCUGGGAGUAAACGGUUUUCCUAUGAUUCCGAUGACGCGGAUGAUGAACUGGUACAAUCAAACCGUGGCGAUAAUGUUCCUACAAAAGACGGCUGGUUUCAGUGUAAGAAGUCUCAUAGUAUUUCGGAGAGUUUGUGUAGCUGGGAGGGCCUUCAGGACAAUGCACCUUCUGGUCUUGUUAGCUCUGAUCCCAAACACCCCCCUGGUUACGAUUCAAAGGACAGACCAGAAAAGCUUUUGAGUUUCAUUAAUAGUUUUCUUCCGGAAGGGGAGCGGAAGUCUGCUUUCUCGAAACCGUGCAAGCUGCGCGUUGACCCGCCCGAGUGUCCGAAUCAGCUCUCAGAUAUGGACGAUACUGAGGAACUUAUUUCAGAAUCUAGUGAUAUCCAAUUGCCCUACCACCCACAAGCUGGAGAUAGAGAAACCAAAAGAUUGUCGAGGGAUUCUUCUAAAUUUCUUGCGCAUCAGCACUUAAGGAAAGACCAAGGUCGCACCCAGUCUGCGGACAGCCGACCAAGACCAUUUAGCCUCAUCAAGGACCCCAAAGUAGCAAAGCAGUGUACGCAGUCUGAGGAAAGUAUAUUGGCAAUAUUUGACGCUGAAGGAGAGCCAAUCGAAAUCUGCUCUCCGAAGUGCAUGGGUGCAAGUGUCACCACAAAAGUUCUUCCUGAUUAUACAGAGCUGAUACCUCAAGAGCGGCCAACGAGGCAAAAAUCGUCAAGGAACUAUACAGUCUUGCAAUCACCAGAGAAACCUUUGGAUUUUCAAAGCAGGAUUCGAAUACCGAGCGGCAGUAGGGAGGCGAGCGAGGAGAGGUUGACGAUGCAAGUGACACCUCAAAGGAAGCUGAUCAAACCUCCGAGUAGCAGGGUUAGUAAAGGACUUUCCGUACCCCCAAUGAAUGAGCCAGCUGGUGCUAAGACCGGCGGUUCAAAAAUACCAGGUCGCAACAAACCAUCAGCUUCCCCUUUGAGAGUGUCUAAGGGCUCCACUACUGAACCAACUAUGAACUCAGGACCCGCCGCUCAGGACAAAUCUCCCCUAUCUCCUACUGUCAAAACCCCACGUUUCGUCAAAGCCCAAGGCACCACCUGCACCCAGAGCCCCAAGUCUGUAAAGUUACCAAGCAGGGUUGAAUGGACUAAAGGCCCUACAAUGCCAGCCUCUCCCCACUUAGCCAGGAGACACUUGGAGUUUACGGACAACGGCGAACAACCAACUAAAGACAAACACUGUGAAACUAGCAAAAGUAAACUCAGGUCCCCAUCUCCACCGCCACCCCCGGGCCGAACCACCUCCCUGCUGGUCAGACCAAAUUAUGAAAACUCACCUCAAACGCAUAAGCCUAGCAUGGCACAUCAAUCAACUACUGUGAGAGGCCCUCCUCCGAGUUACAACCAAGCGAAUAUGCAAGCCACUCUUCCCAUCAAGGACAAAGACUGUUCGGACUUCGACGCCGGCUACGGGACUGCACUUGCACCUCAAAAACUGGUAGACAAAACCAGUCAGCACCUUCAAAAGUCCCCCGCUGUAACGCAAACUAAAGGCACUUCCAAACGUUUGACAAAAGACUACCUCCCUUCCGCAAACUCAGGGUGCGCUCCCGAACUCGAAUCGAAAGCUUCCAAGAAUGUCCCUCCCCCUUACAGCGCCCUCCGAGGUUCGUCAUUCCAGAAUUCAUUCGCAGCUAAGCGCGGGUCUUCCCAAGAACACCAAAUGGUUCAAAAGACGUCCAUCAGCUUGCCAAUAUCUCUUCAGGAAUCCUCGCAAGUUAAAACAGAGCCGCCAAAAGCUAUCGUAAGCCCGCCUAGUUCGGUAGUGACUUCGCCAAAGUCCCGCAUUCCAAUGGGGUUCAAAGCAUUCUUGAAAUCUCCACCUAGCCAGAAAAGUAGCAUCUCCAUACCUGGCAAGCUAGAGAAGGAACAUAUCAAUUCCGUCUCUAAGGAAACCGUGACUACUAAUGCCUCAAUACAAUGUGACAGUUCUUUUGACCCAGGUAGCGCUACUAUAGCCGAAGCUAAACUGGAAGAUCAGGAAGAGGAAGUACACCUAGAGGAAGUCGGUGGAAAAAGGGGCAGUCAGCUUUUCUCGAGGUCCAUAUCGGUUACCACAAAACCUCAUCUAAAACCAGCUCUAGGGAUGACAGGCGCAAAAGCACGUAGCCAGAGUUUCAGCACCAACUACCUUGAGAAACCUAACAUAAACACAGCAGACAUACCCGGUAGAAUCCGGACGCAAAUCAUCACCAACUCAGGGGAAAGGGGGAGUUCGCUGUCAAGGCAAAGUUCUUUAGAGGUACCUCCCGUUGAAAGUCCUAUCCACUCACCGAGAAACAGGGUCAGUCACUACGGAGGUAUGACGGGGUCGAAUAGCCACAACAUCCUCCCUGAAAGAACCCUCAAAAGUGAUUACAAAUGCGAAGGAGAGGUUGUCACAUCACCAUCUAAAAAAGAAGUCCGUAGCUUGCCGAUUAGCGACAGAGCCAGCCAUGUCCGUAAACCGUCAAAAGUCGCUUCACACCCGCAGUUUCAACCGCCUUCAUACAGCUCGGAAAACACAUUACGUGAAACAUUGGGGUCUUGCAAUGAUGAGCCAGACUAUAGCAGGGAGGUAGACUCAACUAAGCAACCUCUAGAUGCUGACGAUAAAAAGAUCAGCCCCACUGCAUGCACCAUUGAAGAAAGGGUGAUGAUGGGGAUCGAGGAGAAUCUCCAGAAAUGUCAAGAACAGGAAAAAGUUGCUGCCAGUGAGGCGAAAAAGACUGGACCCUCUCUGGCAAACUGGUUUGGCCUUCGCAAAAGCAAGCUGCCAGCCCUGAGUGGUAAGAAAGCAGAAACCCCCAAGGGAAAGGAGGAAAAGAAGGAGCUCAAGAUCGGAUCGGUGCUGGGAGGAAAGCAGAUCAAGUCGGACAAGAAAAAGGAGAAGAAGAAAAGCGAUAGCCAGCAAGAGGGCCCGGCGUCGAAUCUGGCAGAGGUGAACAACAAGCUGAGCACCAUCAUGGACCACUGCAAUAAUCAAAUGGGUCAGAUUGCAAGCCAGAUCCAGUGCACCACGGCGUUCAUGGGCAAAGAGCAGCUGGUUAAGGAGAUUCUCGGCAGGACGGCGGUGAAGGGCAGUUCGGUGGCAGCUCCGCACGGGAUUUCGACGCCCAAGAAACAAGUCGAGAUGGAUGCAGAGAUGUGCCAUGAUAGCUCGAUGCUGAUCAUGAGUCCGAAGUUAAACCCGAAAGCGGAGACGGACGACGGGCACAUCCUGGACUCCUCCUGUCAGGACCACAUGAUCGGCUCCUCGUGCCAGAUGAGAACCCUGGACAGCGGCAUCGGCACCUUCCCCCUGCCCAAGUCGGAGUCCUGCGGUCCCGUGGCGGCGGCGGCAGCGGCGAUGACCUCUGACCCCGCCUCCUCCACCUCCGCCUCGUCAUCUUCGCGGACCGAUGACGUCGCGGCGAACACGGCCCCGCCCCCGUCCCGCCUAGGCCACUCCCUCUCCGACCCCGCCGUGACCAGGAGCAGCGUUCAGAGCCGACUGCCCAAGCUCUCCACCUCAGAUGCAAUCAGAACCAAGAGGUCGAGCCUGUGCACCAAUCACGGCUCAGCUCCCCCCGACGAGAAGAAAGAAGAGGAGAGGAGGGGCCGGACCAGGGAGCAAGACACACCCGGGGAGAGAGCCUUGAGGGUGUGCACGUACUCCGGCAGCAGCAGUGAGACUGAGACUGAGCCAGAGCCACCACCACCACGGAGCAAGACUGGAUCAGCGGACCAGAGCGAUCAGACCCUGAAGAGGUGCAGCGUGGGUAAAGGCCUGUCAAUCAUGGACUACUACCAUGAGGAGGUCUACCCCUGCCUGGAGGAGGGCAAGAGGCUGUCCCGCUACAGCCUGCUGCACCAGGAGGGGGCGCUGGACGGAAAACCAGCAGAUGGGCUCACUAAGGAGAUUCCGUUGGAGAAGUCUUCGCCGGUGAUUGCCAACCAGCCCGUGUCCAUCAACCUGUCCCUGGAAUCCCUGAACAUGCUGAACCAGAGCCCCCCCAUCAGCCUGUACUCGGACUCCACUCUCAGAGACACUGGGGACUGCUGCCGAGUGGACAAGCCCUGCUCCAAACCCGGGCCGGACCAGGCCGGAUCUUUCGCCGACUCCCUCUACGACAGCUUCUCCUCCUGCACCAGCCAAGGGUCCAACGAAGUCUAGCCUGCGCCGAUGGGUUGCGUUCAUGAGUCAUCAUAAAAUUCUAGAAUCCCUGUAGUUUGAAAUCGAUCUGGUCAGAAAGCGAUGUUGGAGUUUGCUGUGUAACGGUCUGAUUGCAGAUUUGUUGACCUGGCUUUGUAUCUCUGUAAUUACCGGGACUAUCCGCAUGAAACAAAAACAGGUACAAAGAUCAACGUCUUUUCUAUCAAUCUAUAUAAACAAAAGUGAAAUCAUUUUUUGUCUGAGAAAGUGGUGCCAAUCCUCAACUCUGAAGGUGACGCCAACAGAAUA